AUUCUAGCAAUUCCUCAAGUUACUGGUGCACACCCAACCAUCUAAUCAUUACAGAGAGGGCAAGACUCGUCAGCCAUCGCCAUGAACUCGACCUUGAUCAUCCUGCCCGUGGCCAUCGCCUGGACUCUAGCCUACUUGGUCUAUGUCCAGGUUGACCUGUAUCGACGGCGACGCAGGAAUGGCUGCCAGCCGGCUCCCCACGCCAGUCCUUGGGACCCUCUCCUGGGGCUUCGACACGCCACCGCGCUCCACAGGGCCAUGCGCAGCCGUCGCAACCUGGAGCACUUCGACAACAUGUUCAAACGUUUCGGCAACACGUUUGAGGUCGGCCUCCUGGGCAACCUGAUGCACGUCACCUGCGAACCGGAGAACAUCCAGGCCAUACUGGCAACCAAAUUUAGCGACUGGGACAUGGGCCCACGGCGUCGCUGGGCGACCUUUGAAUUCGUUGGCGUAGGCAUCUUUAGCGCCGACGGGCAAGACUGGGUACACGCGCGGGCGGUGUCGCGGCCGCAGCUCACGCGGUCCUAUUUCAGCGACACGUCGCCUUGGGAAAAGCACCUGCAGGUCUGGUUCGAAGUCAUGCAGGACCAGGACCAGGUGCCUGCCGGCUCGGCUGUAGAGCUGCAGGAGUGGGUGCAGCGCUUCACGCUCGACGUGGGCACCGAGCUGCUGUCUGGGCGUCCGCUCGACGUGCUGCGUCCUCAUGGUGCGCACGUGGGCCGCCGCUUUUUGUGGGCGCUUGACAGGGCCAACACCAUGAUUUCGGAGCGCCUGCGCGCGGGCAAGUUGUCGUUCCUUGUGCACGAUACGAAGCUCCAGGAGGCGCGUCGAGUUCUUCAUGAGCAUGUCGACCCCAUCGUGCUCGAGGCCAUUGCGAGCCAUAAGGAAGGCGGGGACAUUGAGGCUGAUGGGAAGUACACGAUUCCUCGGGCGUUGGCGAGCGAAGGCAUGCCUGCUGAGCAGAUCCGUGAUCAUGUUCUAAACAUGCUUUUGGCAGCGGUAGGCUCAGAAGCUGCCCUCAUUAGCACCCUCUUCUUCUGCAUCGCCAAAUACCCUGUCGUGCAGGAACGGUUGCGGGUCGAGAUAUCCGAGACGCUCGGCGGACGCUUGCCCGCGUACGAAGACAUCAAGAACUUGAAGUACCUCAACUGGGUCAUCAAGGAGGUGCUCCGGCUGUACCCGCCCGUGCCGCAGAACCUGCGCGUGGCUAACAAGGACACGGUUCUUCCCGUGGGCGGCGGUCCGAACGGACGAUCACCUGUCUUUAUCCCCAAAGGCCGCGAGUGUUCUUUCUCGUCCUACUCGCUUCAUCGACGACACGAUCUAUGGGGCGACGAUGCCCUCGAGUUCAAGCCCGAGCGUUGGGAGAAGGAGAGGCCAACGUGGAAUUACAUUCCGUUUAGUGGCGGACCUCGGAUCUGUCUCGGCCAGCAGCUUGCGCUCGUCGGGGCGGGAUACGUCCUCGUUCGCUUCAUGCAGCAGUACUCGGUGUUCAAAGGGCCGGAUCCGCCCCAGGAGUGGACCGAGAAGCUCAAUAUCACCUGCUUCGUGAACCAAGGUGUGUGGGUGAAGCUGGGCUGAAUGACCCAAGUACUGGCAAAGGUGCAGGAAAAGGUGAAGGUAAAGGUUGGAGGAGGCUCGGGAGGUCAUCUCUGCAGUCUAUUAGUCAGUCAUUACAUGAGCUAGUCCUUACAAAAUCGAACCCGGUCCUUUACUUGUCACAAAUUUAAUCUCAUCUUUUUCGC